CGGCACUUCUGGGCAAUGCUCGUUGCUCACAGGCGGCCACCGCUCUAGCCCUUAUUCAUCGCUGUUGCUUGUUCAGUCCGCUACGCUCCGUGGGAGUAAUAUUGUCAACAGUUUUGCCACCGCUCUCGGAAAGCAUUAUGCUUAUCAAAGUCAAGACGCUCACCGGCAAGGAGAUAGAAAUUGACAUUGAGCCCAACGAUAAGGUUGAGCGAAUCAAGGAGAGGGUUGAAGAAAAGGAAGGCAUCCCACCAGCGCAGCAACGGUUGAUUUACAGCGGCAAACAGAUGAACGACGACAAGACAGCAACAGACUACAAGGUCAUGGGCGGCUCUGUACUACACCUGGUGCUAGCUCUACGUGGUGGGCGAUGGAAGCCCUGUCGACAGUAGGAUAAGCCGAUUUGUUUCAGUGCAGGUAUUGCUAUGUGCACCUAGCUUUUCUAAUUGGGGCACCAAAAAUAAAUUUCACAUUAUGCUGCUAUAAGAAAUCUUGUCAAUAAGAAUACCAUACUUUGUUAUGCUUCAUUUGCUUGUUUAAACCUCAGUUGAUAAAUGUGCUUAUCAACGAGUGCACUAGUAAAGCUCUUUAGCAUAUUACUUGCAGCCUCUUGAAAUGAUUUGAAAAUAAAGCUUUGAAAACACUU